CCCUGAAUCAAACACACGGCAGCCAGACGGAGCAGAUAGUUGGAGCUUUACGAAUUGGACCUCACCUGUCUCUGGAGGAGAGGCAAAAGCAAAAAUGAUGCCCGAACCUUUAAAAUCGGCUCUUUCGAUAGGAGCUGUGGAGGACACGUCUCUCGCGCUCCCGUCCGACCGCGAGCUGAGAUCCGCGCAACAGAGAGUCCUGGACCAGGUGCACACUAUCAAGAGGAGCAAGUCCAAAUACAGCAGCAAGAGUGUGUCCGGCCUCGCCUCACCCACCAGCCCUGAAACUGACAGUGUGUUUUACGACUUCAAGUUUUCUCCCGGACCCUCGUUCAGCAGAGGAGGAACCAUGACGAAUGGGAAUAUGCAAAGGCAAAACUUUGUGCGCAAGUCCACCAACUCCCGCAGCUCCAGCGGUCAACGGAUGACCAGUAACGCCAGCAGGGUAGAUCGGCCCUUGUUCUCCCCCACUGGCAACCUCCCGGUCCAGCCACGGGCCAAUAACCAGCUGUACAGCUAUAAAGCCACUCGCAGCGCCCCGGACCUGGGCUUCCAACCCGCAGUGAACGGUGGAGGAGUAGGAGCUACUCAACGCAGCCAGACCGCCAAACAGACCUUCCGGAUGGAGAAGGCCUUCAGUCAGCCUAACCAGGCUUUCGGGAACGGCACUUUCGGCAGAAUGACCAACAGCAAUCAGAUCGGCUCCUUCCAGGCCGUCAGCAGACGCCCGUCUUCCCUGCAGUCCAACGCAGAGUCCAGGACCUCUAUGAUCAGGAAUGGACAAGUCAAGGAUAUUUCUGGGAUGAAUGCAGAGAAGCUUCUGGCCGAUUUGACGAUGCGAGACGCGGUUGAGUAUCUGUUCAGCCCGGAUGAGAACUUCCAGCAGUAUGGAGCCGCUCACAUCCAGCACAGCACCUUCACCGACGACAAGGCCAAGCAAGAGGUGCUGACCCUGAAGGGCAUUCCUCCGCUGGUAAACCUGUUGAGCAGCCCCAGUCCUCAGAUCCAGGAGACGGUGGCCGCUGCCCUGAGAAACGUGGUCUUCAAAAACCAGGCCAAUAAAGAUGAAGUGCAGCGCUGUGGAGGAAUCACACAGGCUGUGCAGAUGCUCAGCGAUACCAACUCUGAGACACAGAGACACCUGACAGGUCUCCUGUGGAACCUCUCCUCCGCUGAUAACCUGAAGCCCGAUCUGCUCCGCACGGCUCUGCCCGCGCUCACGGAGAAGGUCAUCGCGCCGUUUUCAGCCAGCACAGACGACAAUGCCAACACAAGCCUGGCACCAGAGGUCUUCAACAAUGCCACGGGAUGCCUACGCAACCUAAGCUCCUCCAAACCGGUAAACCGAAAAGCCAUGCGCAACUGCAAAGGUCUUAUCGACUCGCUCAUGCGCUACACGGAGAACUGCGUUAAUGGUGGGAUGCCAGAUAACACGUCUUUGGAGAACUGCGUGUGUAUUCUGCACAACCUCACCUACCAGCUGGAGACCGAGAUGCCGUCUCUCUUCACUAAAAUAAACAUGCUGGCCAGCCAAGCUCGCAAUCGCUCCAGUCCUUCAGACGCUGGUCCGAUCGGCUGCUUCAGCUCCCAGAGCCAGAAGCUGCAGCAGGAGAGCGUUUUUGACUAUCCCGUGAUGGAGGACAACAAUCCUAAAGGCACCGGCUGGCUCUUCCACUCUAAAGCCCUGCAGAUGUACCUCAAUCUGCUGAGCUCCAGUGAAAGAGACGCCACACUCGAGGCCAGCUGUGGAGCGCUGCAGAACCUCACCGCCAAUGAAGGCUUAGUAUCAAAUGUGUUGAGUCACACGAUCGUUCAGAAGCUCAACGGGCUCAAGUACAUCAGCCCAUUGUUGGAGUCGUCCAACCCCGCGCUACAGAACAGCGCAAUCGCUCUCCUCGGGAAUCUGUCCAGAUCUACACGCACAAACAAAACCAUGGCCCGUCAGACUCUACCGCAGCUGGUUGGUUUCCUGAACUCAGGGCUCACGAAGGGCGAUUCCUCUCCCGAACACGACAGCACCAUGGCAACCGCUCUUCACAGCACACACUCCCUUCUGAAGGCCGAUCCUGAGGUCGGCAAGAGUCUGCUGAACAACAGCUUGAUCAACUCCCUCAACAGCAUGAGUCUCAAUCUGGGUCUGCCAAAGUCCAGCACUGCGGCGGGAGUUCUUCUUCACAGUCUGUGGUCGGAAAAGAGCAUUCAGAGUAUUCUUAAAAAGCAAGGCAUGAAUAAGAAGUCCUUUGUGAAUGACAUAACGUCGGCAGCUAUCAAGUCUUUUCAGGUGGUCGACUGAGAUGCACUUUACAAACAAACGGCAUUUGAAUUGCAUUGCAUUGUAAUGUCGUUUAAGAACCCGAAAUGUCUUUUAUUGUUUGUUGUUAAUUGAAUGAAUUAUGUUGUUUAUUCUGUUUUCGCCAUGAAAAUAGCCUUGUUGCUGACAUGGAGUAAAUAAAUGAAUAUUUUCAUUUAAGUAUUGCAGAAGAAAUGGUAAGAAUGAGCUUUAAUUUCUUUUGGGGCAGUAGAUGCUUUUUGUUAAGAACAAUGCAUGACAAAUGCAAUGACAAAAACUGUUGUUUUGUCUUCAUUUUGACACAAAUUGUUUUC